UUUGUACUACAUAAAUCUUGUGUGUUAUGUGUAUAAAAUAUUGAAAUUUUAUUAACUAUUAUCUCAUUAUUAAACUUUAUUUCAUUUUUCAUAUAUUGUAUUAAUAAAUUUUUCUUUAUGUAUAAAUAUCAAAAAGUUAUUUUUCCAACAAAAAUUAUUUUUUAUUAAUCAUGUAUGAUAUAUGUCAUCCUAGUUAUUAUCAUAUUGGAAAAUUAGGCUGCACUGAUCCUGUAAAAAUAAGCACAACAUUUUAUGUUUACAUUGAGCUAUGCGAAGCAAAGAGAUAUUGGGAAGUUGAUUACAAAUAUAAUGAAAAUUUAGAUUUAUUAUAUUUAGAAGUAAAAAAAAAUAAAACUUCUCAAACAGAAAUAUAUGUACCUUGGCCCACAUCGUGUAAUAUUUCUCUUAAAACAAUAGAGAAGAUACAAGAAGGUUUAAAUGUUGAACAGAUAACUUUUGUUUUUAAACUUGAAGACAGCACAAGCAUUAUUUAUAAAGCUUCUAAAGGUCUUGUGAAACCCAUUGAUCCAGAAACAACUAAAUUGAUGAAAGAAAAAGAAGAAAAAAAGUUAAAUUUAGAAAAAGUAAGAAAAAAUACUUCUUAUUUAUAUGAAUUAGCCAAAUCUUUAGAUAAAGAUAUUAAUAAAGAUAUUAAUAAAGAUAGUGAUGUAAGCCAUAAUAAUAAAAUAACGGAUUCUGAUAUAAGUCAUAAUGAUAAAAUAACAAAUAAUAAAAUUUAUUUUAUUACUUUAUUUAAUCUUCAUAUUUUAAUUCUAUCAAAUUUUUCAAAAAGGAUUAAAAAAAUAUGAAAUUGUCAUAUUUCUUUUAAAUGUUUAUUAUUUAUAUAUUUAAAAGUAAUUAUUAUUUAUAUAUUUAAAAUGUGUAAAGUUUAGAAGUGCUACUAAAAAUAUAUAAUUACUUAAAAUGAUAUGUAUUAAGCUGCCAUUUGCAAAUGUGAAUAUUAAAUAAAUUAUUGCUUAAUGAUAUAUUAUAAGCAUUUUCUAUCGUGUCAGACUAUCUAUGAUUUAGUAAACACUGCAAGUAUGAGGCACAUGCUGUUUCAUUAUUUUUAACUACAGAUAAAUAUUUUAAACAAUCUAAA